UGUAAAUUGAGUAUAUACAAGGGAAGAAGGAGGUAUAAUUAAGUAUGUACAAACAAUGCAGUGAGAUCAAAGAGCAGAAUGCAAUGAUAGGGUAUGUUUCUACUGUAAGGGCAAGGGUGUGUUUACAUAGCAGAGUGGUUAAAGCAGAUAGAGUUUGAGAGUCUAUGAUUUCUGGGUGAUGGAACAGGCGCUGGGGAGGUAAACCCCUUAAUCUCUGUUGAUCUCAGGCACUAAUCUUCUUAUGUUGAUUGACUCUCACAGUUUUCUUUUGCACAAAUUGCUGAUGUUGGAAGCCAGGACUUCGGUGUGUUGCCAGUUGAUAGAUUGGUUGGGAUUGUUAACGAUGUGUUCUGAGAGGGCAGAUUUGAGAUCAGAUUUUCCAACAAGAGACUUCUUGUGCUGGCGUUCUAACUUUGCUGUUGGAUCCUUGGGUAUGAUCUUGUUCAUCGAGUGAACGACCACCAGCAAUGCAUCCCUCAACGGUAAGAUGAAACAACGCCAUACUAAGAAAUUGAGCAACCUUCAGCAGCAUGCAGCAGCUCACUCAUCCCAUUCCACGCAAAGAUAGAAGGCCAGCACAAGAAAACUCUGAAGACUCUCCAUGACAGCAACCAAAUCAAUGACACUGUGUUCAAUAAGUUAAACCCAAUCAAUUGUCAAUCUCCUUAUGCUCGUGCCAAUGUAAAAAUCCACAAAAAGCCUGUAAAAAACAAGGAUUCUUGUGUGCUCGCGAGGGUCAGUGUACUACAAUACUGCACUAUUUCUUUCUAUACUGCUUGCCCCUUUGGGUAAAGAAGGUAAAUCAUUCAUCAGUGACUCAGCAUCAUUUGUGAACCAACUGUUGGACUCUAGAUUAUCAGGCCAAAUGGUCAGCUAUGAUGUUGUUGAUUUAUUUACAAACAUUCCAUUGUAUGAAGCUCUUAACAUUCUCCAUGCAAAAUUAGACAGUUGUAUUGACACUGUUGAAACUAAACUCACCACAGACAGUAUAAUCGAAUUGGUAUCCAGCUGUUUACAGACUUCCUAUUUCACAUGACAGAACUUCAUCUAUCAGCAGAUUCAUGGGCUCCCCAUGGGUUCACCAAUCUCCCCUCUGAUUACUGAAAUCUUCAUGACCAGCUUUGAAGAAUCAGCCUUAUCUACAUCGCCCUACCAGCCACUAUGCUGGUACAGGAAGGUGGACGACACUUUCGCCAUCCUUGAUCCUGACCACGACCCUGCCGUCCUCCUAGAUCACCUCAACAAACAGCACAACCGCAUCCAGUUCAUCAUGGAGACUGAAGAUCAACACAAACUGCCCUUCCUUGAUGUAUCCCUCGACAACUCAUCCAACAAGAUUACUCCCUCUGUCUAUAGAAAACCAACACACACGGACCAGUAUAUCCACUAUCUAUCCAACCAUCACCCACAAAUCAAACGAGCCAUAGUCUCUACCCUAACCAGACGUGCCAAGGUUAUCUGCGACCCAGCACAACUCAAUAAUGAAACUGACCACCUCAAAGCGACCUUCAUCACCCUCAACGGGUAUGUCCCAAGAAACUUGUAGAGCGGACUAUAGUCACCACCCUCCAGCCACAAAAUCACAGUCCACCCAAAUCCGAACCAGCUCCCAUCCGAAUCAAUAUCCCUUACCAAGGCCAGAUUAGCCAUCACAUCAGUCGACUCCUUAGAAAAACUGCCAGUGUUGAUGUGACAUUUUAUUCCGACAAAACCUUAAAAUCAAUCCUGAG